AUGCUGUCAGCAAGUCCACCGAAUAAUCCUUGGUCUGAUGUCACAUCUAGUCUAAAAGCAACUAGUAGUGGAGAAGUGUGUAAACUGCCUUUUCAAGUGGGUGCGUACACGUGGGAUUUGUACUUCUGUUACAGAAGACACUGUCCGACUCUUUUUAACAAGAAUAGCACAUGUGCAGAAGGGAAAUUUGCCGGGAUACAAUUAAAUCAGGGCGAUAAAGCAUCAUAUCAAUUGAAAACAGAAUCGAAUGGAAUUGAUGGUAUUAAUGAGCAAACUUUGGUUUACUAUUACUAUAUGUCUUACAUGAUUGGGAAAUCUAUCCAUGUACGCAAAGUAGAAAUAGGUGGUGCAAGUUCUGUGAUUGAUACUGUGACGAAUAGUCCGUUCAAUGGAUGGAUUAGACGAGAAGUGAGAUAUCAUGCAGCACAUCGUGGUUACGAGAUACAUUUCGAUGUAGAAAAAACCUCAUCUGAUUCCUCAUUCAAUGAUAUCGGUCUAGACGAAAUAUCGAUUUCAGAAGAAGACGAAACGACAACCCAUUCCCCAACAACGACGACCGAAACUAGUACAGUUACAAGCGCAUCAACAACUGUUGAAGAUUCAACGACAACCGAUCUUUUAACUACUAGUUUAUCGUUUGCAUACAUUUCAAACAGUUCUAUGAUGACUACUGAACAAGCGACUAGUAUUACAAAUAUUUUUGAAAAAUCAACAACGGCAUUGAUACCAACGACCAUUGAUAUAACAACAUCAAAAACUCAAUCGUCUACAGUGUCAAUCAGAACCACGACAACUUCUUCGGUAUCUGCAAUGUCUACUACCAAAAAUGUGGAAACUACAAAUUUAGCGACUAUCACAUCAUAUACUUCGAGUUCGAUGAUUAUUACUAAUUCUUCUAAAACGACACAUUCGAUUAUAACUUUAACUUCGGAUUCAACAUUAUCUGUCAUAAACUCAACAAAUUUGACGAUAUCAGAUGAUAAAAAUGAUGUUAAACCAUCGUCGAAUACGUACAUUAUAGUUUUGUCUACUGUGAUACCUGUUGUCUGCAUAAUAUCAAUUGGUAUUAUCAUAAAAUUCAAUCGAUCAUUGUCAUAUAAUUCUUUCAAGAGAAAGCUUCGCCUACUGAAGAAUAGAAAACACUCAAAAUCAAGUUCCGACGACUUUGAAAUGAAUUUUGUUUACGAUGAGUAUUGGUUUUAA